CCCGCGGUGACUCCUCCGGCCGCCAGGGGCCACUGUCUGCCGGGUGCGGCUGACACUCGGCGCCUACCUGACGCCAUGGCCCGUGGCCUCCGGAAGCCCUUCCGGGCUGGCGCGGUACCCUCUUGCCCUCGUCCCCAAGGCUGAGGAGUCGUUGUUAGCAGCGGCGCCUUGGCGGAAAGAUGGCGGCGGCCAUAGAGUGAGCGGACCGCGGAGGCGCCGGGACCCGGCUGCGGCCGGGAGAGGGAACGAUGAAGUGAUGGAUCAUGACGCGCCGACCAUCAGGCCCCGCAGAAUCCAGAACCAGAACGUCAUCCACCGCCUGGAGCGCCGAAGGAUCAGCUCUGGUAAGGCCGGCACCCACUGGCACCAGGUCCGGGUCUUCCACCAGAAUGUCUUCCCCAACUUUACUGUGGUCAACGUUGAGAAGCCGCCCUGCUUCCUGCGCAAGUUCUCCCCCGAUGGGCGCUACUUCAUUGCUUUCUCCUCAGACCAGACCUCCCUGGAGAUCUAUGAGUAUCAGGGCUGCCAGGCAGCAGAGGAUCUCCUACAGGGUUAUGAGGGAGAGAUUUUGGCCAAUGGCAAUGACCAAAGAUCUGUCAACAUCCGUGGGCGGCUCUUUGAACGUUUCUUCGUCUUGCUUCAUAUCACCAACGUGGCCUCCAAUGGCGAGCACUUGAACCGUGAGUGCAGUUUGUUCACAGAUGACUGUCGCUAUGUAAUUGUUGGCUCUGCUGCCUACCUGCCUGAGGAACCUCAUCCCCCAUUUUUUGAGGUUUAUCGCAACAGCGAGUCGGUGACCCCUAAUCCCAGGUCCCCUUUGGAGGACUAUUCUCUGCAUAUCAUAGAUCUUCACACAGGUAGACUGUGUGACACAAGGACAUUCAAAUGUGACAAAGUCAUCUUGUCUCACAAUCAGGGCCUAUACCUGUAUAAGAAUAUCUUGGCUAUUCUCUCUGUGCAGCAGCAGACUAUUCAUGUUUUUCAGGUGACGCCUGAGGGCACAUUCAUUGAUGUACGGACUAUAGGUCGCUUCUGCUAUGAGGAUGAUCUCCUGACCCUGUCCGCUGUCUAUCCAGAAGUGCAGCGAGACACUCAGACAGGGAUGGCAAACCCGUACAAAGAGCCCUUCAUAAAUUCUCUGAAACACAGACUGUUGGUGUACCUGUGGAGGAGGGCAGAGCAGGAUGGGAGUGCAAUGGCAAAAAGGAGGUUCUUCCAGUACUUUGAUCAGCUGAGGCAGCUGCGCAUGUGGAAAAUGCAGCUGUUGGAUGAGAGCCAUCUGUUUAUUAAAUACACCAGUGAAGAUGUGGUCACAUUGCGGGUGACAGAUCCUUCACAGCCUUCAUUCUUUGUUGUGUACAACAUGGUGACCACAGAGGUUAUUGCUGUGUUCGAGAACACUUCGGAUGAGCUACUGGAACUCUUUGAGAACUUCUGUGACCUCUUCAGGAAUGCCACCCUGCACAGCGAGGCUGUCCAAUUUCCCUGCUCAGCUUCCAGUAACAACUUUGCCAGACAGAUUCAGCGCCGGUUUAAGGACACUAUUGUGAAUGCAAAGUAUGGAGGGCACACAGAGGCUGUGCGGAGGCUGCUGGGUCAGCUCCCAAUCAGCGCUCAGUCUUACAGUGGCAGCCCUUAUCUUGACCUCUCCCUCUUCAGUUAUGAUGACAAGUGGGUGUCAGUCAUGGAACGGCCAAAGACAUGUGGAGAUCACCCCAUCAGAUUUUAUGCCCGGGAUUCUGGCCUCCUGAAGUUUGAAAUCCAAGCAGGACUCUUGGGCCGACCCAUCAAUCACACAGUACGACGCCUGGUUGCAUUCACCUUUCACCCUUUUGAGCCCUUUGCUAUCUCGGUGCAGCGGACUAAUGCAGAGUAUGUUGUUAAUUUCCACAUGAGGCACAGCUGCACAUAAUACAAUACUGGGCUGGGACAGCUGUUGCCAUCAUGGACACACCAAAGCUGGACACUCAUGCCUUCUAGGAAACCAAAUCAUUGCUCACCUAAGGAACCUGACCUGGAAGCCCUAACCAACCAGCAUUGUUCCCCAGCAUCUGCAGCUGGCACUCGCAAGCCAUUGAAAGAGAAUCCCAUUAUGCUUCUGAAGAAGCAUCUUGAUCGGAGAUUAGUCUUGUGACCAUUUCUUUCUAUAGAUACCAUCCAGUUCAUAUUGCCAAAGCCCCUUGUUGCAUUAAAUGCUGUCUUUUCCCAUACCUAUUGGUGAACAAAAUGUAGCUGAGAAACCUUGCCUGUUUCCCCAAGAAGUGUCAUCUUUUCUCUCGCUUUGUCUGCUUUGUGAUAGCAAAGGCAGAGUUCUCCAACAUUCCUUCUGUAUCGGUGCCCUUCUAUCUAGUCAAGACAAGUAGUCCAUCUUACAGAGCGAGAAUAGAAGCCAUGGUGGUGGGUUUUUUUAAAAAUUUGUACCUUCACUGUUAUGAGGAAAUGAAACUAGCUCUUGUGAUUCACACAGUGCACUCAAGCCAUGUCAAUAUGCAAGGCAUUAGGGGAGAAAGGUCUCUGUUAAUGGGGAGGUCUAGUAGUUAGAGUAGGUCACUGGAAUCAGGGGAGAUGAUUUCUGUUCCUGACUCUUAUGCAAGUCACUUAAUCUUUGUGCCUUAGUUUCCAACCGUAAAAUGAGGAUGUGACUGAGCCACCUUCUGUAAAGCACUUUGAGCCCCUCAGAUGAAAGGUGGCAAGUACAAAGGGAGGAAAACCAGAACAGCUGACUGCAUGCCUAAUGUGUGAGAUGGUGGGUAGCUAGCAGCAGGCAUGCAUGAGAGAGGCUUGGAACUUGAGAGCAGCUUUCUCUUUGGUUCCUCAGGGAAAACCACUGCAUGGACCAGGAAUGUGUCCCCAGGGGUGUGUGUCGUCCUCUUCCUUCACCCUGUUUCUGCUGACAGGGUGAGAAAGAGUCAGCCCCAGUUUUCGGUGCACGCCAGGUACGUGAAUGUGGAGAAUGUCUGACUUGUGGCAUCCUUGUCUUUCCCUUGACUACUAUGUGAUGCCUCAAACUGUAAGGUUAUAGUCACCAGGGAUAACAGAGUUAGACCUGAGAGAGCUGAUUCCAUAGUGUCUGCAUCUGUUUGGCACUGGAAUGUCGCUGGACUUGACUUUCCCCUGCAGUUAGAGGACUGCUACGCUGGAUUUUGCACUGGGAGAAGGGGAGACUUGGAUUCACGUGUAUUGCUGGGAGCUUGUAGCCAAAGGUCUGACUUUGCUGACUUAAUGCUGCCUGUCCUCUCCUGAUUCACACCCUAUUCUCUGUGAGAACUGGGGGUUAGGUGGCAAGGGGUGCCAAUGGGUGACUCCCUGGGAUUGAAGCACAUCUUGCUGGUGUGUCGCUGUAUACUUGAAGCAAGAUUGACUUCUACGUUGUCUGAGAUGUCUGCAAAAUGAGCUGCUGGACUUGAAUGCAGAAGAUGUGCACCUAAAUGCCUCUGGGUCUAAGCUUGUGCAGGCUUAUAAAAAUGCUGGCCCUGCCUUGAUCUGAAGAUCACUUCAUUGUUUGCCGCAUUUGUACUACAAGGUAGCACAUGGACUUACUCGAAACGUGGGCGUACCAAAAAUGUGCAUGUUGCUAGGGAAUGUUGUCAUCUUAGGCAAACACGGGGCUGGUGAAAGGUACUGGAUUGACAUUGGACACUGCUGUUCUCUGAUGCACAUGAUGGGCCGUGACAGGGCACUGUCCUUGAGGGCGCCCCCCUCGAAGGAAAGCCCUUCAAACUAAAAGCCCAUUCAUAUCUGCUGAAGGUACCAAAAAGGGGGCCAGUUGUGGGUAAUGUUGUGGCCACUUGUCUGCUCAAAGUCCCGAGGUCACAAGCUCAUCUCGCAUAUCACUGAAUAGCCAUCAGAUAAUCUUAUUUUUGUCACUAUUGACCUGGGCAAGGUUUGGAUACCUCACCUAGAUAUGACAGACUCCACAUCCCAUACCAGAUUCUUUGAGCCAUCCUUUCGUUUGGAUGUUUACAGCCCUCAGUAUAGUUCUUUUGCUCUAUCUUCCUUUCUUCUCUCCUCCCAAACAUAACCCCAUCUCAACACUAUAACACAGUUUUUAUAUAAGGAUCUCAAAGCACUCUUACAAAAGUAUUGCUGCCAUUUUGCAGAUUGUGAAAUUGAGACUCAGAUUAAAUAAUUCAUAUGACCUUGUGUAAACUGAGUAUAGAAUUGACUUCCAGUUGUAACCAGUAGUCCAUCUGCAUCUAUGCAGGAUUGCUAAGGGCUUUCAAAGCCUGGCUAUGGAAAAUGUAGUCCUAGGGCAAGAAUACAUAUUUCUUUGUCUUCUUUCCCAGGGUAUUUGUGUUGAUGGGAAGUUUCUCGGGGCUGCAACAAAUGACUUCAGGUUGGGAGGCCACUUGCUGGGGGAAGGUGUCAGGACAUGCAUGCAGUAGUGCCCCAUUCCUCUCCAACCCAGAACUUCUUUCUAUUAAAUUCUUUCUAUUAAAGCUCUGAGCAGGGAGUCUUUGCAUAUUGUCUCCUGCUUUGAUAAAACGCACUGUAGCUGAUAGAUAACUGAGUUAUCUGCUUCCUCUCUCAUCAAAACUUCACUCUUCAUUACCCUUUUCCAUUGUUAAUGUAUCUUUCUGUCUUUCCCAAAAGUUCUCAGCAGUUCCCAUUAACUCCUUGAUGCCACAAGCUAGCAUUCCUUCACCCUGGAGCUCCAGAUGGGGUGGAGCCAUGCUUCAAAAUAUCUCGGCUUUCUGUUGAUACCGUUUUUUUUAAGUGGUAUAAGUAACAGCCAUAUUCACAGCUCUGCCACUAAAUUGUGUAAUCUCAGGUGAGUCACUUCCCCUCCCUCUGCCUCAGUUUCCUUAUCUGUAAAAGGAGAUGAUAUGGACUCACUUUUGUAAAGCACUUACUUUUCACCCACAGAACUGAAUCAGAUAAGUGCUAAAUAUUGCUUUAAUGUGUUUCUGGAGGCACAGAUUGAUGGUUGUGAGAAGUAUGAACUGCCUUGGUGCAGCAGUGUAGAUUCUGUGGCUGCUACAUUUUGUAUCUAGUGAAGGAUUAAUGUUACCACAGGAGUGUGUUGAAAGAAAAGCCUGUCUCAUUCUCAUGCUUGAAAUUUUGAUUCUUUUAUUUAAGAAACAAGAAGUGCGGGUGUAGGGGCGGGACAUAUAUUUUCUAUCUAAUAUUUUUACUAGGUUAGGAUGAAAACUUGUUAGCAACACAAGAUAAAUACCAGAAUAAAGAAGAACUUGUUUCAUGA